CAGAUUGGAUGUUGCCAUGGUUUAAUUUCACAUAACACGUAAACAUUCACAGUGAGGAAGGAAAAAGUAUGUGAACCUUUGGACUUAAUAAGUGGUUGACCCUCCUUUGGCAGCAAUAACCUCAACCAAACAUUUCCUGUAGUUGCAGAUCAGACCUGCACAACGAUCUGGAGUAAUUUUGGAUCACUCCUCUUCACAAAACUGUUUCAGUGUAGCAAUAUUCUUGCGAUGUCUGGUGUGAAUCGCUCUCUUAAGGUCAUGCCACAGCAUUUCAGUCGGGUUGAGGUCAGGACUCUGACUGGGCCACUCCAGAAGGCGUAUUCUGUGCUGUUGAAGCCAUUGUUUUGUUGAAUUACUUGUAUGCUUUGGGUCAUUGUCCUGUUGCAUCACCCAUCCUCUGCGGAGCUUCAGUUGGCGGACAGAUGGUUGUAUGUUUUCCUGCAAAAUGUCUUGAUAAACUCUGGAAUUCAUUUUCCCAUCAAUGACAACAAUCCGUCCAGGCCCUGAGGCAGCAAAGCAGCCCCAAACCAUGAUGCUCCCUCCGCCAUGUUUUACAGUGGGGAUGAAGUUUUGAUGUUGGUGUGCCGUGCCUUUUUUUCUCCACACAUAGUAUUGUGUGUUCUUCCCAAACAACUCAAUUUUGGUUUCAUCUGUCCACAGUAUAUUUUGCCAGUAGUGCUGUGGAACAUCCAGGUGCUCUUUUGCAAACUUCAAACGUGCUGCAAUAUUCUUUUUGGACAGCAAUGGCUUCCUCCGUGGUGUCCUCCCAUGUAACUCCAUUCUUGUUUAAUGUUUUCCUUAUUGUAGAUGUGUCAACAAAAAUGUUAGCAUGUGCCAGAGAUUUCUGUAGGUCUUUAGCUGACACUCUAGGAUUCUUCUUUACAGUUGCAAGAAAAAGUAUGUGAACCCCUUGGGAUUACGUGGAGUUUUGCAUGAAUUGGUCAUAAAAUGUGCUCUGAACAUCAUCCCGGUCACAACAAUAGAAGAACACAGUCUGCUGAACAUAAUACUACACAAACAUUAGAUGUUGCCAUGGUUUAAUUGCACAUAACACGUAAACAUUCACAGUGCAGGGAAGAAAAAGUAUGUGAGACCCUAGCCUAAUGACUUCUCCCAGAGCUAAUUGGAGCCAGGAGUGAGCCAACCUUGACUCCAAUCAGUGUGAUGAUAUUGGAUGACAGCUGUCCUCCCCUUUAAAAACACACACCUGUUUUGGGUUUACUGGUUUCAAGAAGCACUGUCUGGUGUGAACCAUGCCUCGCAGAAAAGAGCUCUCAGAAGACCUACGAUCAAGAAUUGUUGACUUGCAUAAAGCUGGAAAGGGUUACAAAAGUAUUUCCAAAAGCCUUGAUAUUCAUGUGUCCACGGUAAGACAGACUGUCUACAAAUGGAGAAAGUUUAGCACUGUUGCUACUCUCCCUAGGCGUGGUCGUCCUGUAAAAAUGACUGCAAGAGCACAGCGCAGAAUGCUGCAUGAGGUACUGUAAUACUCAGGUAACAAAACUGCUGUGUGCUUAAACUUAUUUUUCAUUGGGCUGCUUAAACAUUUUUCCUUAGAACUUGUGCAAUGGAAAGUGGUAUAAAAAUGGCACAGUGUCAGAUCUCUAACCAAGAUGUGAAUGUUAGUCACCCAUUUCAUUGUGUUUAGUUAAGAAUAAACGGUCUAGUUUGUCAGCUUUCGUUGAAGUAUUCAAUGUUCAAGCUGUAAAGAGUUCUUAAUGAAAGAACUCCAUAGUUUCUGUGUUCUCUUGUUGAUAUCUUCUUUAAUGGUAGUAUUAAAAGAACAUCAUGUUCAUGCUGUCUCGAUAAUUGAAAAUCAAACAUUGAAGAUAAAAUCAUUUUAAAAACGCUAUAUAAAAAUCAUGUGGGUUAACAAUACACUGUAAUAUUAGUACUUCAACAAAUGCUGCCAUGAACAACAUAGGUGUAAAUAAGGAUCAUUUGUAAUGUAAUAAUAAUCAGGAUUCAUGAUUGUCUUUUCACAGUGGAAGGCUUCUAAGCCACUGACACACUUCCAGUUAUGCUGCAAAUCAUUCUCAAUUUCCCUCCCUCCCACUGAGAUUUUUCAAAUCCUAUCAUAGAAAUAGCACAAAUAUACUUUUGGAAUGGAAGUCUUGCCUUCAUCCCAUAUGUCGUCCUCAGUUUUUAUACAUAUCUUUGUUUAUUAUUAGAUAUUUGUAUCUGUGCUUGAUUACCGUAGGUUUAAAAAAAAGGAUAAAGAUCAGAAGUUUACCAAAUGGUUGUCAGGCUCUUCUAUUUGCAGAAUAGACUUUCAGUUGUUUUCAAUGGAACAUUUACCAGAAUGAGACAAACAUUCACACAUUUUGAAUGUCGAGCAUUCCAUUUCUUAAAAAUUCAAUUUUAAUUUAGUGUAGAAGGACAUUUGUCCUACAUUUAAUUUAAUGUAGAAGUUUUGCUGAAGAUUUCACCAUCUCGUCUAGAAAAUGCAGGACACCCACUAGAAGCAUAAGCGAAUUCCAUUACAAAUUCAUAUUGAGGAUGUUUUGGUGCUGCUUUGUAAAAAGCUGCAUAAAAGGUUUUUAUUUUCUCUCUCUCUAUAUCUUCCUCCAAAAAUUGCUAGCGGUUUUAAAGCUUUGGGGGAAGGAGGGAGGCAUUUACCUGAUGCUAUCUGAACAUGGAGCAGAAAUCUUAGUCACUUCCAGUCCCAGCGUUCUGAAUAAACUCUCUGUAGGGAGGAUUAUCUUGUUGUAUUGUUCUGCUCCAACCAUCUCCAAAUAACUGUAAAGCACUGUUUCACACCCAAGCCUUUUGUAGAAUUGGGAAUUUUUAAAAGCAACAGCCCAUUGUGUACCUAUUCUGUGUCCUCAGCUGCAUUUUCAUUCCUUGCAAAGUAAUUUCUCUCUCCUGUGUGAUUUGCAGCAGGAAACUUUUGGGUCAUAGUGUCUCUCUAGUAAAAGAAUAAUGGACAGCAACAACCACCAUUAAUUUUGUUAAUAUUUAAUAUUCCAUCCAGCAUUAAUCUGCCCUCCAGUUGCAAAUGAUGUGUGGGAAUAAAAAAAAACCAUUUUGUCUGUUCUUAGCCCAAGCUUUCAUUUGCAUUCAUGGUGUAUCUUAUCUCUGACACACAUAUUGUUUGUCCUAAAAAGACAGUGCCAUGAUUUAGAGUUCUCUGAGCUAUUAUCGGGGAAGAUCGAUGUGCUCAUAAGAGCCUGCCUCUUUCUGGAGGUAAUAGGAAGCUUCACUGGAUUUGCAGAUCACCAUUGCUGCUGGAUUACAAUCUGUUUAUUAUACGUAACUAUUUUACAGUACCAAAGCUACUAUAUUUAUUUCAGCAUAAUCCUAGUGCUGUCACACUGGAUUGUUUUUAACCAAGAUUAAUAAGAGCUACACUUAAAUAUUUCCUUUUUCCAUAACUUCUGCAGUGUUCAUUAAUAUCAAAAGAAGGAACUUGAGCUGUGAAGUUGCAUAUGGUGUUCUCAGUUUAAAUGACCAGAAUACUAUAAAAAGGGGGAAAUCACAUAAUAAGAUUACUGGAUUACUGCAAUGCUCUCUACAUGGGGCUCCCCUUGAAGAGCACCCGGAGGCUCCAGUUGGUCCAGAAUGUGGCUGCGCGGGUGAUAGAGGGAGCCCCCCGUGGCUCCCAUGUGACACCUCUCCUGCGCAGACUGCACUGGCUACCUGUGGCCUUUCGGGUGCGCUUCAAGGUUUUGGUAAUUAUCUUUAAAGCGCUCCAUGGCAUUGGGCCGGGAUAUUUAGGGGACCGUCUACUGCCAUUGAUUGCCUCCCACCGAUCCGUUCGCUCUCACAGGGAGGGACUCCUCAGGGUGCUGUCAGCCAGGCAGUGCCGGCUGGCGACGCCCAGGGGAAGGGCCUUUUCUGUGGGGGCUCCCGCCCUCUGGAACGAACUUCCCCCAGGACUACGUCAACUUCCUGACCUUCGAACCUUUCGCCACGAGCUUAAGACACAUCUUUUCAUCUGCGCAGGACUGGAUUAGGAUUUUAAAUUUUAAAUUUGGUUUUAAUGGGGUUUUUAUUAUUCUGUUGGGGUUUUAAUAUUCGGCCAUAUGUAAUAGGUUUUUUAAUUGGGGUUUUAAUUUGUAUUUAUAUAUAUUUUUACGUGGCUGUUAACUGCCCUGAGUCCCUCAGGAGAUAGGGCGGUAUAUAAAUUUGAUUAAAUAAAUAAAUAAAUAAAUAAGAACGAACUACAAAUACUAUUUAUUUCUGGUAGCUUUAAUUGCCACCGAAGUCUAAAAUGUGCCCAGAGUAUGGCAAAUAUUACAGCCAUUUGAAAUGUCAUGCUUGCAAACAAAUCCAGUGUAGCUCUUUUAUUAUUUGCUUAUGUAUUAAUUUCUUUAUAAUAUUUGUUAAAUAAUUCCCUCGGGUCAAAAUAAAAGCUACUAGUGGCAUAGAAGUGAAGAUGCUCACCUUCUACUUGGAAGGUUGAGAGUUCAAUCCUAGGGAGCGACAGAUGUUUAUCAGGGUGCAAAGAGAAAAUAUCUGUUGCGAAUUCCGCUAGGCAUCAGGAAGGGCACCCAGCCGGUAAACACUCAGCGCCACUCAGUUGCCUCUACCCCACCCUAAAGCAGGGGAUUACAGCGUCGUAAAAAGAAAAAAAACUACUGUUAAAACAGUUUAUAAAGGAGAUUGUAUGUGUAUGUGUAUAAUUAGAGGUGAAAUUAUUUUUCCCAUGUUUGUUCAAUGUACUUCACUCAGUCUGGUGCUCAUUAAGCUAAAUGAUUUACUUAGUGCUUUGGCCUCAGAUGACCAAUGGAUAGUUGCCUUAACUAUAGAGUUUGCAGCCAUCUUUUGAGAGCAUCUUGCCCCAUUUUGUACUGGCCGACAUCCUAUCACCUUCGGUUUGUUUGCUUCUUACAGUAAGAAGGGAAAAUGUGUCUUGGUCUUCCCCCAUUUAUCUUCUCUUCCCCGUUUCAUCACCAUCCAGCCAUGCUUAUUCAGAGGGCCAGGUGAAGGAGCUAUGAUACAGAUAUAACAGCUUCAUUUUACAGUUGCUCUAGACUUUCCAUCUCUUUGCUGAUGGCUAGGAAUGCAGGCUAAUGUCAAAUUAACUCUCCUAUGGAUAUGAACAAGGUAAGUAAAUGGAUGCCUAACCUUGGGUACAAGUUUAGUUAAAGCAGAGCCUAAUUACAUUUUGUCAAAGGUUUGGGUUUAUGUAAUACACAAAGUCUUUAAAUGAAUGACUUAUUGCUUUUGAUUAUUGAAAACUGGAGGAAGAACUAAGACCUUAAGCUGACGCUUCCAUUUCUAGAGAGAGCAUGUAAAACGGUUGAUUGCGUGGACUACUUCAUUUCUGCUACCUCCCUAAUGGAAGGUGUGGUCCUAGGGUUCAUAUGGCCUAUGAACCCCUUUUUUUGUGGUCUACAGAGGCCCUGGAGAUCACACUAUCAAAAUUUGGCAGCUAAGUAUCAAAUUGUGGAGAUGGAAAGAAAGAAGAACAGAAAACCAAAGAAAGAGCGUACCCAUCUGGGUGAGGAGGAGAAGAAGAGGAGGAUGGCUCAAUUUCUCCAGAUGGAGAUCCCCAACUUUGGUAAUAGCAUCUUGGAAUGCCUGAACGAGCAGCGGUUACAGGGGCUGUAUUGUGAUGUCUCAGUGGUGGUGAAAGGCCAUGCUUUCAAGGCACACCGAGCUGUGCUGGCUGCAAGCAGCUGCUACUUCCGGGACCUUUUCAACAACAGCAAGAGCACUGUGGUGGAGCUUCCUGCUGCAGUGCAACCUCAAUCCUUUCAGCAGAUCCUGAGUUUCUGCUACACUGGCCGCUUAAGCAUGAAUGUGGGUGAUCAGUUUCUGCUCAUGUACACAGCAGGGUUCCUGCAGAUCCAGGAGAUUAUGGAAAAGGGGACUGAGUUCUUCCUGAAGGUCAGCUCACCCAGCUGUGACUCGCAAGGCCUGCACACUGAGGAGGCGCCUUCCUCUGAGCCACAGAGCCCUGUGGCACAGACAUCCACCUGGCCUUCCGGCAAUACGCCCUUACCCCUGGUCUCUCGUGUAAAGACAGAGCAACAGGACUCAGACUCUGUCCAAUGCACAUUUGUGGUUAAGCGGCUCUGGGAAAACAGCCAGAAGGAAGGGAAUAGUGGCGGCAGUAAUGGCAGCCGCAAAAUGGCCAAGAUCUCCUCCCAGCAGGAGCUGAGCGGGGGGAGCCGGCAGGCUCAGCAGCAAGUGCAACAACAACAACAGGUCCAGCAGCAACAACAGCAACAGGCUCAGCAGCAGCAGCAACAGCAGGCAGCACUAACGGGGGGAGGUGGAGGGGCAGGCGUGGUCAGCGGCCCCAGUACUUCAGACCAGACAAGCCCUGGCACCUCCAGUGCUUACACCAGUGACAGCCCCAGUUCCUAUCAUAAUGAAGAAGAUGAAGAGGAAGAUGCACCCGAGGAAGGCUCCGAUGAGCAGUACCGACAGAUCUGCAACAUGUACACAAUGUACAGCAUGAUGAAUGUAGGGCAGACGGAAAAAGUAGAAGCACUGCCAGAUCAGGUGCAGUCAGAGUCUCGCAACCGGAUACGAGUGCGGCAGGACCUAGCUUCACUGCCUGCAGAGCUCAUCAACCAGAUUGGAAACCGAUGCCAUCCGAAGCUAUAUGACGAGGGGGACCCAGCUGAGAAACUGGAACUUGUGAUAGGUACUAAUGUGUACAUCACUCGGGCACAGUUGAUGAAUUGCCAUGUUAGUGCUGGGACACGGCACAAAGUGCUUCUCAGGCGGCUACUAGCAUCCUUUUUUGACCGGAACACCCUUGCCAAUAGCUGUGGCACUGGAAUCCGUUCCUCCACCAAUGACCCCAGCCGGAAACCUCUCGACAGCCGAGUGCUGCAUGCUGUGAAGUUUUAUUGCCAGAACUUUGCCCCAAACUUCAAGGAGAGCGAGAUGAAUGCAAUUGCUGCUGAUAUGUGCACAAAUGCACGACGUGUUGUCCGUAAGAGCUGGAUGCCUAAACUGAAACUACUGAUGGCUGAAGGCGAUGCCUACACAACCUUCAUCAAUGACAGUGGCAAAAUGGAGCCAGACAUCAUGGGUGUGGAGCACAACUUUGAGACCAGCAGCCAUGAUGGGGAUGCAGGCACCUCAGCCGAGGGCCUCCAGUGAAGGGUGCCCACCUCUUUUUCCAGGCGAUGGUUUUUAAUUUCCUAAUUUGAUUUUUUUUUUUUUUUGUAGAAUCGUUUUCCACAUUUUCUCAUUUUCUUUUUAUUAUUGUUGGUUUGUUUUUUGUUUUUGGCAGAGGGGAAAGAAAGCAUUGUGCUAUCUCCUUUUUUUAAAAAACAAAGAUGCUUCAAUUUUGACCUUUCUUCCUCAGGCACUACAAGUAGUUUGAGCUCAGAGGAGACCCUGCUGCUGCUGUUGCUACUGCACUGGCAGUUCCGACUGGCAUUUCUCCUCUCCCAGCCCCUUCUUUUGUGACUGUUUUGAUAAAAAAAAAAUAUUUUAGUGGGAGGAAAAACAACCAAAUCCACUUGCAAAUACACUAAGAAAGUAAUGUCCAGACACUUACCUGUGUCCUCCAUCACAUGUUUGUUGUCUCCAGUUUAGGGCUGUAACUUGGACUGAUCGUUACUAAGUCUUUCCUUUCUAGAGAAUGGGAGACACGAGCCGGGAAGGGACUGAUCCUAACAUUCUUGGGCUGUCACCUUUGUUCCUCUCAGUUCCAGUUCUGCCCCUCCCCUUCCGUUCUUGCUUAGGUACACUUAGGUUUUAGGCAAGGAGACAGUUCCGUUCCUUUCAUUCUUGGUAUCCUCACAACUUAAGUAUACCUGUAUGCAUGCACACUAAUGUCUGCUUUCAUGCCUCUGAACCUAUGCACUUUCUCCAACUGUGACACACACCAAUCUGUCCUGUUAUUCGGACCGCUCUACUCUCCUGAAUUAAUGUAUCACGUAGGAUACUAUGCUUGUUGCCUUUUUAUUGGCUCAAAGCUCAGAGCCAGUACAGAAUACACUGAAUUUAGAGCUGAGAUUACUACUAUCCUCUAACAUAGUCUUCAUUUCUUCUAAGCCAGCUUCUUCUCUGAAGUGGUUUCUUUUAACACAAAAUGUGUCUGCAGCUUACUCAAUUUUCAGGCAGUUUGCAAUAUCGGACAUAUAUCCAUGCAAUCUCCACAGGGCUCUUUCUCUAGGAGCUAAUUGUAACAGGUAUAUUUAUCUGUCUUACUGCUGCCAUAACUGGAAAAGUUUUUAGAAUUUGCUUUUAAAAUAUUUUUCACUAAAGGAUCAUUCCCCUCCACUACAUGCUUGUGGAUUAGAGAGCAGAAGAAGAAAUUCAUAUUCAACCCUUUCUCCCACUUCAGAUAUUUUGCCAAAGGCAAACAUGAAGUUUACAAAACAGUUUUUGAUGGUUGAAACAAAGCCAAGGAAGAAAGCAUCACUUCCUUAAUCCAACCAGUGCUACAUGUUCACACCAGAAUGUGUGGAUAUUUCAAACCUCCAGACAGCUGGAAAGAAUCUUUACUGAAUGGUUGAAAAUCUCUAAAAAGUAACUAAUUACAAUAUGAAACCUUACCAUUUGUUUUUCCCCACUAAAGGCCAAUUUCAUAUUAAUAUGGCUCCUGAGUGAUGUUUGACCCAGAAAAAGACCGCUGGUUGGAUUCCAUCUUGAGGUGGAAAAUAAAUAAGUAAGUGGGCAAACCAGGAAUUUUAGGAAACCUCCUCUCCUGCCUUUUUGUAUUUCUGUUGACAGGAUUAAGGCAGUCAAUCAUACUGAAAGAAUCUCUUCUUUGGAAGUCCUGGGAUACUGAAGUAAUUAUGCUUGAUGGCAGUUGGGCCUUUAUUCUUCCCAGUAAGACAGGCGUUCCAAACAAUCCUUUGCCAUUCAUGAUAGUUGUUGCCAGACACUUUCUAAGCCAGCCUUUGAACCAAUUAAGACCAUUCUCCACAACUGGGAAAGGUGGGGGUGGGAGGGGAGAGAAAUAUAUUUAAUACAGGAAGCUAAAACUGGAAAUCUUGAAGGAUUUGUCUUUCUGUGAAGACAAAUUCAGGGCAUGAAUAAUGUUACCUCUUUCUCCAAAAAAGAUUACAAAAGCUGGAGCAUUUUAAAAAUAAUUCCCAGAGUUUAAAAUUAUUCCAAAUAAAAUGGGAUGACAGUAGCCUGGGACUCUAGUUUGCCCAGCAUUCUGAAAAGCUGCAGUUCUCACCUGUUGGACCCAAUGACAGUUUCACUAGGAUCUGAUUUCACAUGAAGGCAUUAACCGGUGUCAAUAAUGUCUCUCAUAUUAAUUUAUCUCUAAACUGAACCAAAACUGGCCUGGAAAAUGUUUUCCUUUCCCAAAGAAAGCUCAACAGUUAUAGCUGAGUCUCAGUCAUUGUCUGUCUAUAAAGAGAAGCAAUUUUUUUUGUUUUUAAAAAAACAAAUAACCACCUAACUAUACUGGUUGUAUUUCAGCAGGGGUUGCAAAUUUUAGAUUCAACCAGUCUUAGUUAAGGGGAUGUACAUUUAUUUUGCAUAUGUACAUUUGUACAUAUGUAUGUCUGUUCUUUAUCUGGAAAGAGCUCAAAAUCAACCCAGUUCUUGUUUCAAGAGAUACACACAUUCAGGUCCUGGUUGACAAGAGGAGACAAUUUUCAUGCCACCAUCUAGUUCCAGAGAAUCCCUUGGUACACUUAUGUUUGUAAUUGUGGGGAAACGUAUUUCUAAAUCAUUUCAUGAAUUGAUAUAGCUCUAGAUGAAUUUCACUGUGUUGAUAUAUAUUCCUACUCUCUAGAUAGAACACUAAAAAUGCCACACUUAGCCCACUUAGCUGGGAAUAGUAUGGCUGACUGAGCACAAUGAGACCUUUUUUGCAUACCUUGAUGGAACAUUCGCCCACCAUCUGUGUGAAUGUACCAGUCUUGUCUGAGAAGUCAUGUGGGUGGAUCCCCCACCCGCUUUUUAAUAUACUUCAUGUGCAUGUCCUACUUUACUCAGAAAAUAGCUGCUUUGUACUUCAAGGCAAGUUGCUGGUUUUCUUUGGUUAGAAUAUAGGCAAUCUUGUUCAUUACUGGCUUUGGUAAGUCCAGGACAUUUUCUAACCCCGGAGAAAGUGGGGGGGGAGGCAAAGAGAAAGAAGAGUACAGAAUCUAAAGAGGUAUAAAGUAAUGUUCAAAUUGCAAGGCUAUCAUUGUGAGAUUUUGAGCUGAAACAGCCAAGCCAGAUGCAGAGGACCUGAUUACUUGAGUGCUGGUCCAGGAGACUGCAGUUGAUUGGAGAUGUUUUCAGAAACGUUAUUGUCCCAGUUUAAAUGUAGGUAAAUCUGCCUUAUAAACCUAAGGUAUUAUACUGAUUUCCUUCUUUUAUGGAUUUCCUUCUUGUAAUUCCACUAAGGAAUCCAGAGAUAACACUUUUUGUGAAUUUGCAGAUAGUUCUCUUUUGUCUGUUUUUCUCAGAAUUAUAAUGCUGUUAUUUUUAGACAUCCAUGAUGAAUUGCACAAACUUUGUGGCAUCACACUGCAUGCCCUUCCCAGUGACACUAUGAGCAUUUGCUUUACUAUAAAGAAAUGGCUCUUCCAAGAUCUCGAAAGUUAAUUAUUAACAUUAACUCCAAUUCACACUUCACUGCGUUCACUUUCUUCCAGAUCCAUUUUUCCUCUUUUUCCUACUAGUUUAUUUUAUGCAGGAGAGGCUUGUUUGUCACCUAGGAUGCAAUUUACCCAGUGCUUCUAUGGUACUAUAGUCAGUUAUAUAAUAAACCCCACUCACUUCAUAUCUGAUUAGUAUUUUUCCUGAAAAAUGGAAAAGAACUUUUUAAAAAUCAAAUACAUUUUCUAGAAACCAAAUAGGGGUAUAGCUCCAUUAUUUUCUUACACUACAAUAAUCUUUAAUCAUAUGCUAAAUGAAAAAAAGUGUGUAAUGGAUGGUGUUUAAAAGGGAGGUAAAUGAUACAAAAUUUUAUUGGUAUGGUUGGUAUAUGUGUGAGAGAGAGAAUUAUAAUAAUAGUCUCCACCUGGAUUCUCAAAUGGCUUUAGGAGAAACAUUAAUCACUUUUGAAAACUGGCUUUGUUUAAACAAUGGAAAAAAUAUGAGCAUUGAACAAACAUUGCAUAUUUAGCUGGAUUGUAAGAAAAAGAAAACUAGGUAUCUAAUCAAGAAUGCAUGUGCAUUGUUGAGGAGAAUGCCCACCUGCAUCACAGUGCUUCUUUAAGUCAGACAUGGAAUUAUAGGGAUGAAUAUUGCAGUAUGAAUAGAGAUACAUAUCCAGGUCACAGUUUUUAUAGGAACAACUAAUAUAGAAGAGUUGCAUGCACAUGAGUUCCUAUAAUCAUCUUAAUGCUUGCAUCUAUCUCUCACCCAUGCUGCCACCCAUGUUGUUGCAUGUAAUAUAGAGGUUGACCAAUUAUAUUUACCAGCUAUUCUUUCAUGAACAUGAAUGCGAUUCUAAUGAGCAGACUCUUAAAAGAAAACAGCUGUGGUGCCGGUAGUAGUAAACUCUUAAAACACUUUUCCCCAGACAAAAACCAUGCCAGCUUUUUCCGCAAUGUGCAUUAAUCCUAGUCUUGCCAUUUUCUACUAGUACCACUCCCAAUUCCUGAACUCUGGUUUAUAUGCUCCAAUCCAGCUGCACAGUAGACUCUUAAAAUUCUAUGCUUUUGUCCUUUUUUUCUACUGUUCUCCUUGGCACAGUAUUUCUGAUAGGUUCUCUUCCCUUCCCUAACCACAUAACGUAACAUUUUCUAUUUGAAAAUGCAGAGGAAUUAAGAGAUUGUAAUGGCAUAGACUUGUUUUGCAUAAAAAUGCAUAGAAGAUCAUACUUCUUUCUACCAUCUUGACGUCCAAACUAAAAUUGGAAGACUUAUUCUUUAAAUUCCACUCUAAGUUGGGGAUACCUGUAGUUGAACCAGUAAAAAUAACUUUACCAUAACGUAUUGUCCUCAAUGGAUAAAGUACUAUAAAACAGUGAAAUAACAUCCAAAUUCCUUCCCCCUACAUUGUUUUUUUAAAGCAAAAAAUGUUGCAAUGAGAACAGUAUUUCACUGUGUGACUCAGAACAGAAUUUAUUCUCCCUAAUCAUUAAGAGUUUUUCCUUAUAAAAGUAUGUUAGAUUGGUCUUCUCUGAUCUCCACUGAACUAGCCAUUGCUCAAAAUGUGAAAAGCUUUCUUAGGUUAUCAUUACUUGUUCAGCUGAGUGUGAACUAAGCACUCCUACAACAAAAAUGUGUAUCAUGCAUUCAUCCUCUUCUCAAUAAGCUUGAGCAGAGUUACUUGGAUGUAAGUAGUAACAUUAUUAGUCUUCAGUUUUGACAAAGUGGGAGGAAAUGGAAAGAUUAAUCCCCUUUCAACAAUUGGCUUUUUCCAGUAACCCUGUACGUAGACAAUGGAUUUCUUGUUACCAAUAGUGACAAGAAACCAGCUGUUUCCUGCAAGCCAACUGAUCAGAUUAAUCAACUAACAAGCAGGAAAAGGAGGCAGGACUUUUACCAUAGUUGUCCAUUGAAGAAAUGAAAUUUAUGAAGAAUAAGAGUAUUGUCCAUAUUCACUGGAUAUCUUCUUCUGAAAGAGCUUUUUAGUAUCUGUAGCUUCCUUCCACUUUUCUCGGCCACCAAAGUAACUAUGAUGUUGGGAAAGAAAGUGUUAAUAAGGUUUGGACAAGAAAAGUGUUUAGUAGAUCAUAAUUCUCUGAUCUGUCAUGGCUCCAAGCGGAAAGUAACAUUUAGAUUAUAAGGGCAAAAUAAGAACAGAAGACCUAAAUCUAUGCUCCCCUCCCCCCAUUACAUUGGCCUCAACAAAACAUAAAAGUUUAUGGAGCCUCCAAGGUGAGAGCAAUCCAUAAUUGGAAAUAAAAUUGCAUCCAUACAUCUGUCAAUGCUGGGUACUUGAAUACAUUUUCAGAGGCAUCCAGGACUUAACGUUCAGCUGAAUUUACUUUAUCUAGAAUGCUUGCUUCUCGUUCUAUUACCCAAGAUAGAGCUCUGGUUAUGUUUUGUAGUAUCAUGUGCAUCACUGCAACACUCACUGGUCAAAAAUUUUGCAGUCCUUGGUACUUCCACUUUGAAUUGGAAAAAACAGUUCUGGGCAAGGUGCGCUCAAGAUGUUAAUCGGGAGGCAGCUAUUUAUGUCUCUGUCUUUAGUCACCUUACUGUAGUUGGGUGGCCUUGUAAAUGAAAUAAAUAAAUUGGUAUGGGCCCAGCCUUUGAGACUGAUAAAGAAGAUGGAAGUUAAGGCAAAAUCAGCUUUAGGAAGAGGACACUUUUGAAGAAGUGUCGUGAUGAAAUGAAAUAUACGGUAGGUCAACCUCUUCUAUCCCUCUCCUUUUGACCAACAGAUUUUGCACUGACUUUCACCAUUAUACUUUGGGAGAACUCUGAAAUCUGCUCUGAGUUCAGAGAUUGAGAGAGCAAGAGAAGUGUGGAUUGCACACAAGCCUUGGCAUUUUAAAAAAAUCUUGGAGCGAAGACCAGGGUUUUUUUGAUGUGGGGAGCGAGGGGGAGGGGAUUGUGCAAUAUCAGUGGCACCUACUGAGGAAAGGCAACCAUUUCUUGCAAUGAUUCUUGGGACGCCUGACUUAUUCUAAGAAAAUAAAAGGCACCAAUUUUAAGUGAAAAAAGAAGAGCAUACACUAUUCCUUUACUGUUUAUGUACUUCAGAGUCCAUUAGGGCCUUUGAAUAGGUGCCAAGCGGGUGCAUAUAAACUGGUGAAGUAAUUCUGGUGGAACAUAAGCUAGUAAUUCUAUUUACACUGGAAGACAAUUUGAAUAGCAUCUUGCCAUGCAUGUUUCAUGUAAUGGACUUUUAUUUUAUUGGUAGCAGGUGUGAUCGCUUUUGGAGCCUUCUAGGAGAAAAGGAAAAAAAGUUGUACAUUGCUUGCUUUUUUCACCAGGAGGCUUCUGCCUUAGAAGAGUUGCUGUUGCAAAUGAUGUAAGCUGGUUUGUUUUCCAAGACAGAGCUGCCAGCUCAAUUUUUUAAAUGGUGAAUUACAGGGGAGAAGAGUUCUGAAGUCUGGGCAGACCAAGGGCCGUUGGGACUGUAGUCUAUAAUCCGCAGAGGUCUGCUUUGUUGCAAUUCAUAUUCUUUGUCUGGUCCCAUGGAUGGUAACUGAGGUUGUAGCCAGGAGGACAUUCAGCACCUACUUUCUGAAACAGGAAAUAUCUUCACCCACUUGGCAUGCUUAGAAAAAAAUCUGAUGCCCACAUUUAAAUCCCAGAGGCUCUCGGAAGACUCAGCUAGACUCCUCUUUGUUGAGUCUUUUUCCAACCUUCUUAGGAAUUUCUUCUAGUGGGCAUAUUUGCAUCUUGGACAUACUUUCUCUAAACAAUGGAAAGAACAAAUUGCAGAGGGGAUGGGAUGGGAGGCCUGACUUUUGUUGUAUCCAUUUUUGUCAUCUUUUAUUUUCCUUUUGACAUUUAUAUGCUGGUCUAGGACCGUAAUAGACAUUUGAUUUGUCGUUUUUUUCCUUAACUAAAGCAAAAAAAAUAUAUCUUUUUUUAAAAGGACAAAAAUGUAUACGGAAAGCACUAACAAAGCCUGAUUAUGUAACCUCUGUGCAGAUGCAGCAUGGACUCUUUUCUUCCCCUUCCAGGCGCUUUGGGUUAAUGCAAGCAGCUACUCCAAUAUAUCAGUACCUCUCCCUUCCCUGCCCCUUGUAAAAUCCUUUCAGAGAGGAGAAUCGAUCCUUUAAAAUACAAAAUAACAAUGGCAAAACCUCCCUUUUCCCACCCAUAAGCCCAUCCCAGGUCCCUCAGCACCCCACGCUUUUACCUCUGAACUUUCCCCUUUGCCCCCCCCCAGAUAAUGCCAGUAUUUGUUCUGUGUUAUAAGUGCCAAGAAAAAUUUUGUGACUCCUCAUCCCUGUGACCUGAGAGUAUCAAGAAUUGCACAUUAACUACUGUAAAGAUUAAAAAAAAAAAAAAAGGAAUUCAGAAAUGUUAAUAAAAAAAAAGUUUGUAACAAUUGUGUCCCUGGCUAUUUCAUUAAGUUCAUUACUACUCCGAGAUGAUCUGGGCUAGCUUUGUCUAAACUUACAGACUGGAUUUAUUUAAUAAUGAAUUUAAGCCUUGCAGCAUCCUAUUUCUGAGCAU